UCUCUCUCUCUCCCCAUAACUCAAUCUCUCUCUCUCAAAGUUGUCUUCCUCAUCUUCUCGAUUUCCAAUGGAACCUGCAGAGCUCAAAACGCCUCCCAAAACGCAAACGGACCACAGUGAAAACGCAGUCGUGGACUGUGAAUCGCCGCCUCGGCCGCUGGCGCCGACGGGAGAUUGCGGCUACGAGCCCAUGAAAAAGAUCUGCACACCCGAUCGCCUCUCUGUCCCCAAAGCCUUCAAAUUCCCUGAAAGGUACAGGAGUCCAACAGAUGCGAUGAUGUCUCCGGUGACCAAAGGUCUGCUCGCUAGAAACCGGAAGGCUCCCGGUUCUCUUCUUCCUCCCAGUCUUAACCAAACCAAGAUUCAAGAUCUUCGGACACCGGAGACGGGUUUAUUUCAGAACGAAGUAUCUUCAGUUGGUUGCUAGAAGAAUCAGUCAAUAUAAAAGCAACUAAAAGAAAAACACAUGCUUGUCGGUGGUGUUAUCGCUGUGAAUCUCUCUGUGUGUUUUUUUUUUAUUAAAAAUUGUUUCAUUUAAUAAAAGAAUUGUGUUGAUUAUUAUGCAGAGUUUGAAUGAUGAUAUGUAUGUUAUGUCAUGCUGAUGUAUACAUUGCUAGGACAACAAAAUUACGCA